AUGCAUGUUAAUCUGAUUGCUCUCAGCGACCAGUCAUCACAACUGUUCACUGCUGAUGUUUUGUUGAUGACUUCAAGAGAAGGCUAUCAGUCUUUUGCUGUGAACCAAGAACUUUCUUCAUGUGAUGAAAGGACAAGUAUUUUGUCAAUGAAACAGGGUUCAGCCCUCCGUUAUUUUGUUCAUCAACACGUGAGAUACAUAUGGAACCAAAGCAAUGGCAAAUUUGAGACACUAUGUGGAUUGGAUGUGGGCACAAAAUGUUCAUCUUUUCAUGAAGAUUUUAAAGGUCUGGGUGUGACAGAGCAAUGGAAGAAAUUGGAUUUAUAUGGCCCAAAUGAGAUAGAUGUGGAAGUGAAGUCAUACAUUGUUUUGCUCUUUGAAGAGGUGCUGAAUCCCUUCUACAUCUUUCAGCUGUUCAGUGUAAUACUAUGGAUGUGUGAUGAUUACUAUUUCUACUCUGGAUGUAUUAUCCUCAUCUCUGUGGUAUCCAUUGUGAUGUCACUUUAUGAAACAAAAAAGCAAAGGAGAAUCCUGCGAGAUAUGGUUGCUUCACACAAGAGCAUGGUUCAUGUUAGCAGAGGCAAUGGAGUUUUUGAAGACCUCCCAAUGACCCAACUAGUCCCUGGAGAUGUGAUUGUGAUCCCCAAACAUGGCUGUACAAUGUCAUGUGAUGCUGUCCUGCUUGUUGGGAACUGUAUUGUCAAUGAGAGCAUGUUGACUGGUGAGAGUGUCCCAGUGACCAAGACUCCCCUUCCAAACCAGCCUGACUCAGAUGAAGUGUUCUCUCCUGAUGAUGUCCACAAGAGAUACACCCUUUUCUGUGGCACCCAGGUCAUCCAGACCAGAUACUAUGGGGCAGGAAAAGUUACCGCUGUGGUGGUCAGAACAGGGUAUUCAACCUCAAAAGGUAGACUAGUCCGUGCCAUUCUCUAUCCCAAACAAAUGGAUUUCAAGUUUUACACUGAUGCUAUCCGCUUUGUCCAAAUCCUCUUUUUGAUUGCCUUAUGUGGUAUGGCUUACAACCUGUAUGUGUUCAUUAAAAGAGGGGAAUCUGUCAGGAGAAUUAUAUUACGUACUCUAGACAUCAUUACUAUAGUUGUGCCCGUGGCUUUACCAGCCGCCAUGACAGUGGGCACAAUAUAUGCCCAGAAUCGCCUCAAGAAGGAAGGCAUAUUUUGUAUCAGUCCACCAAGGAUUAACAUGUGUGGAAAAUUAAACAGCAUUUGCUUUGACAAGACAGGCACAUUAACUGAAGAUGGUUUGGACCUUUAUGGUGUAGUUCCUGUACAGGAGGAUAGGUUUUUGCAUGUAGUCCAGCAUCCCACAGACCUGCCCACUGGUCCAUUUCUGGCUGCCAUGGCAACCUGUCACUCACUCACCAUGAUAGAAGGAGAACUGAAAGGAGAUCCACUUGACUUGAAGAUGUUUGAGUCUACAAACUGGCUAUUAGAAGAACCAGGACAAGACACCAGUAGAUUUGACAUGAUGGUGCCUACCAUUGUAAAACCCUGCAAUAAAGAGACUUAUUUCUCUGCUUAUGACCAGAAAAUGCUGCCAUAUGAAAUUGGUAUUGUGCGUCAGUUUGUAUUUACCUCAGACCUGCAGCGUAUGAGUGUGAUCACCAGAACUUUGGGAAGUUCCCACAUGGACCUGUAUUGCAAAGGGUCACCAGAGAAAGUAGCGCACCUCUGCAAUGUAGAGUCAUUGCCUUGUGAUUUCCAUUAUGUUUUACAACGUUAUACUAUGAAAGGAUUCCGUGUGAUAGCGGUUGCCUGGAAGCCACUGAACCCUGCCUUGACCUGGCAUCGUGCUUCAAGAAUACAAAGGGAAACUGUAGAGUGUGAGCUGACAUUCCUAGGUCUGAUAAUUAUGCAGAACAGUUUAAAACCAGAGACUACUCCUGUAAUAAGACAACUGAAGGCAGCUAACAUAAGGGUUGUGAUGGUCACAGGUGACAACAUGCACACAGCCAUAAGUGUUGCCAGGGAUUGUGCAAUGGUGGAUGAGGAAGAGAAGGUGAUUAUGGUGAAAGCCAGUCCUCCCAGCAAGAACAGUGAGGCAGUCAUCCACUGGGAAUAUGCUGAGGUCAACCUGGACAAUGAACUUACAGUCAGCCAUGAGGAAAGAGAUAAGCCCUACAGUACCCUGAACAUAGAGAGCAGGGUGGACAAUUUUCACUUUGCCAUUGAUGGAGGUUCAUUUGGUGUAAUCAGGGUGCAUUUUCCUGACAUUUUGCCUAAGGUAAUUAUAUAA